UGCUGCUUUGCUGUGUGCUGCAAGUUCCGCGCGGUUGCUGAGCAGGCGUGAGUGGUUGGUGUUACAUGCUUUGACCGCAGCUGCUGAGUGCCUUAGAGGAGUGCCGACUGCCUGAGCUAUUAGAUCGCAAUAUGAAUGCUGUGACUUAUGAGGACGUGCAUGUGAACUUCACUCAAGAAGAGUGGGCUUUGCUGGAUCCUUCCCAGAAGACACUCUACAAAGAUGUCAUGCUGGAGACCUACGGGAACCUCGAUGCUGUAGGCUUUAAUUGGGACGUCCAAAAUAUUGAAGAACAUUGUCAAAGAUCUAGAAGACUCAGAAGGCAUGAAAUAAGUCAGAGUGCAGCGAAACCCUCUGCAUAUAAUCAAUGUGGUAAAGCCUUUGCUUUACAUGGUCACAGUCAUGAUCAGAGGCAUGAGAGGAUUCAUACAGAAAAGAAGCCCAAUGAAUUUAUUCAGUGUGAUGAAGCCUUUGUACAUUAUACAAGUCACCCAAUACAUAAAAGAAAACAAACUGGGCAGAAAUCCUCUGAAUGUCAUCUAUGUGGUAAAGCUUUUGAAUAUCACAGUAAACUUAAAAGGCAUGAAAGAAUUCAUACUGGAGAGAAAUCCUAUGAAUGCAAUCAAUGUGGUAAAGCAUUUCCCCAGCCCAAUCAUCUCCUACAACAUAAGAGAACACAUACUGGCGAGAAACCCUACAAAUGUAAUCAAUGUGGUAAAGCCUUCUUAUAUUCCCAGAGUAUUCAACUACAUGAAAGAAUUCAUAAUGAAGAGAAACCCUACAAAUGUAAUCAAUGUGAUAAAGCCUUUUCACAUCAAAGUAAUCUCCGAAGGCAUAAAAGAACACAUACAGGAGAGAAGCCCUACAAAUGUAAUCAAUGUGACAAAGCCUUCUUAUAUUCCCAGAGUAUUCAACUACAUGAAAGAAUUCAUAAUGAAGAGAAACCCUACAAAUGUAAUCAAUGUGAUAAAGCCUUUUCACAUCAGAGUACUCUCCGAAGGCACAAAAGAACACAUACAGGAGAGAAACCCUACAAAUGUAGUCAAUGUGACAAAGCCUUUUCACACCUUAUUAGUCUCCAAAUACAUGAAAGAACGCAUACAGGAGAGAAACCCUACAAAUGUAAUGCGUGUGGUAAGGCCUUUUCAUGUCACUCUGAUCUCCAAAUACAUAAAAGAACACAUACAGGAGAGAAACCCUACAAAUGUAAUCGAUGUGAUAAAACCUUUUCACAUCAGAGUAAUCUCAGGAGGCAUAAAAGAACACAUACAGGAGAGAAACCCUACAAAUGUAAUCAAUGUGACAAAGCCUUUUCAGAACAUUGUAUUCUACAAAAGCAUAAAAGAAUUCAUUCUGGAGAGAAACCCUACAAAUGUAAUGCAUGUGGUAAAGCCUUUUCAUGGCACCAUCUUCUCCAACUACAUAAAAGAACACAUACAGGAGAGAAACCCUACAAAUGUAAUCAAUGUGAUAAAGCCUUUUCACAUCAGAGUACUCUCCAAAGGCAUAAAAGAACACAUACAGGAGAGAAACCCUACAAAUGUAAUCAAUGUGAUAAAGCCUUUUCACAGCAAGGAAGCCUCCAGGUGCACAGAAGAAUUCAUACUGGAGAGAAACCCUUCAAAUGUGAUGGAUGUGAUAAAGCCUUUACACGUCGUUUUCAUCUCCAAAGGCAUAAAGGAAAACAUACUGGAGAAAAAACCUUCAAGUGUAAUCAAUGUGAUAAAGCCUUUUCAGAACAUUGUAUUCUACAAAAGCAUAAAAGAAUUCAUUCUGGAGAGAAACCUUACAAAUGUAAAUCUAUGUGACAAAGCCUUUUCCCAACAUUAUAAGCUAAAAUUUCAUAAAAGAAGGCAUACUGGAGAGAAACCUUACAAAUGUAAUCAGUAUGAGAUAGCCUUUUCAAAACAUGGUCAUCU